GAGCCGGAGGAGCGGGAUGGCGGCGGCAGCUGCGGGCGAGGCGCGCCGGGUGCUGGUGUACGGCGGCCGGGGCGCCCUGGGCUCCCGCUGCGUGCAGGCGUUCCGGGCCCGCAACUGGUGGGUCGCCAGCAUCGACGUGGUGGAGAAUGAAGAGGCCAGUGCCAAUGUCGUCGUUAAAAUGACAGACUCGUUUACGGAGCAGGCCGACCAGGUGACUGCUGAGGUUGGAAAGCUCUUGGGUGCAGAGAAGGUGGACGCCAUCCUUUGUGUGGCCGGAGGAUGGGCUGGGGGCAAUGCCAAGUCCAAGUCUCUCUUUAAAAACUGUGACCUGAUGUGGAAGCAGAGCAUGUGGACGUCAACCAUCUCCAGCCACCUGGCCACCAAGCAUCUCAAGGAAGGAGGCCUCCUGACCUUGGCCGGGGCCAAGGCCGCCCUGGAUGGGACGCCCGGGAUGAUCGGCUAUGGCAUGGCCAAGGGCGCCGUCCACCAGCUCUGCCAGAGCCUGGCCGGGAAGGACAGCGGCAUGCCAUCCGGGGCUGCCGCCAUCGCCGUGCUCCCGGUCACCCUGGACACGCCCUUGAACAGGAAGUCGAUGCCCCACGCGGACUUCAGCUCCUGGACGCCCUUAGAAUUCCUGGUCGAAACCUUCCACGACUGGAUCAUAGAAAAAAACCGACCAAGCUCAGGCAGCCUCAUCCAGGUGGUGACCACGCAGGGAAAGACAGAGCUCACCCCGGCGUAUUUUUAAGCUUCAUUUUGUUGUCUGUGAGGGGCCUGUCAGAGAAGUCAUUAAUCCAUCCGUGGGGCCCCGCCUGGCCCUGCCUUUUCUGUAAUCCUGUUCGUGGUAGGAGAUAGUCCUAUUUGUCUCCCACCUCAUGUGCAUUUGUUCUCCCAGGACAGUGGCAAAGGUUUAAGUGAAAUAAAAACACGUGAGGCCCACAGCACGGUCAGUUGGUGUCAACCACGUAAUUGAGGCCUCAGGACGGCCCCCUCUGUGUCCACGUUGAAUUGCAUUUGUGAUGCUGUUUAUGUGUCCCCGAUGGUGGCUGUCCACCUGUCUAGGUCAGAGAUUUGCUGGGAUGGGGGAGGUUUGGAGCUUGAGUUAUUUUUGAAUGUUAUGUUCAUGUGACUGAUGUAGUUUUUGGAGCUUCGAAGUAAACUGCCUUAAAACGCCUCCUGUGCUGUAAGCCAAACCCUGUGGACUCUGUUAAGAUAUCUUUUUCCUGUGCAGUCGCCACGUGCUCAAGAGAACUACUUGUGAUUGUUUGGAAUUUAACUUCCUAAUAAAUGCCCUUCAUUUAUUAUGUUGUCGUCUCUAAUUAAAAUGCAUCUUAUAAACAGUCACAGAUGAAUGUACAAGGAUUAUG